CUUUAUCAACCAUAAUUAAUCAUAUGUAAUUACCGACAAUUCUUAUUAUGGAGGGCCUUAAAAAAGUUACUUCCUGUAACAAAGUGUUUUGAGAGAGAGACGGUUGGGACUAGAAUGGUUAAGAUAGGGGAAUAUGACUUGCAUAUAUAAGUUAGUUCUGUAACUUGGUUUCGUUAUAUUCUGGUUUUGUUGGGCUGAGACAGCCAAAGAUCUUUAAUCUCCUACCUGUCCAACCCUCUGACACUCUGCAGAAGCAUCAACGGCUCUCAUAGGGCAAAGGUAUAGGAAUUUCUCUUUUGUAUAUCUCCACUAUCCUACUUCUUCUCUACUCAUUUUUUUGAAGCAAACAACAAAACCCACUGAUUUGCCCUUCCCAUUAGUUUCUUCCAAAAAUCAUUUUCAGAACUACCACUUUUGUUUUUCUCUGCAGUUCCACUUUUGAGUUUUCUUUCUUUCAUCCUUUUCUUUGUGAACACCUAGUUUGUGGUUAAAAUUUAAAUCCGAUAUAAUUGUUUCCCUUUUGAAGUUUUUUAUUUUAGAAAGCUUUUGUGCCUAAAACAGACAAACAUACCAAUCCAAUCCAAGUUACCAUGUGCUUUCAUACAAAACAGAUAGGUAUGUACAAGUUAGCGACAAAUGUUCAGCAAUAAGACUGGAAUUAAAAUUUUGGGUUUUUGGUUUUCAUUUUCAUUGUGGGUAUUGGAUUUUGUGGGAAUUAUUGGGGUUAGGAAUCUGGAAUUUUUGCAAGUGGCAGGGUAUUUUUGGGAUCAGCAGUCAUGGCAAAAGUAUCGGCAGUAGCAGAUGAAGAGCAGCAAGUAACAACGACAACAACAAGAAGUGGAAGAGAGUAAAAGUAAGCAAACCAAAGAGUGAGUACACCCUCCAAGAAAUCAAGAAAAACUUUUGGAAGCAAAAAUUCAGAAAGAAAAAGAGAAAGGUCUAGGAAUCUGGAUUUCCAGAGGAAUCCACAGCACCCACUAAGACCUAUCCACCAAAUCAAAAACCCAAUUCCACAACAACCAGAACAUCAAAAUCUUGAAACGUACAACCAUUAUGAACACCACCUGCAAAUUCUCGAAAACCAACAAAUAAAUGGAGAAUCCAUAGAUUCCCAACAAAUACCACUUUUCAACAAUCAAAUUCUUGAACAGACCGCAGAUUAUGCGAAGCAAAGACAGAGAAUGGGAAUGAAGAGCGUUGGAGGAGAGAUUGUGCAAGUCCAAGGAGGUCACAUUGUUCGAUCCACUGGAAGAAAAGACCGCCAUAGCAAGGUUUACACAGCCAAAGGACCUCGAGACCGGAGGGUUCGAUUAUCAGCUCACACUGCAAUCCAAUUCUACGAUGUUCAAGACCGAUUAGGCUAUGACCGACCCAGCAAAGCUGUAGACUGGCUCAUCAAGAAAGCGAAAUCCGCCAUUGACAAGCUCGCUGAGCUACCUCCAUGGCACCCAACUGGCAGUACCACAGCAGAACCAGACCCUAACACUGGGGGCUUCAACGAGAUGUCCGUUGCAGCAGAGCAAUCAGAGUCUUCUGGUUACAAUUUCCAGCUUCAUAGACACUUGGGUGAGAACCCAGAUAACGAUUCGAGAUUCAUCCCACCUUCGAUGGAUUCCGACCCCAUUGACGAUACCAUGAAAUCCUUCUUCCCCACGAGCUCGGCUUCUUCAUCCAUCAAUUUCCAGAGCUACCCACCUGAGAUAAUCCAGAGAAAUACAAUUCCGACCCAAGAUCUUGGCCUCUCUCUCCACUCUUUCCAAGAUCAAACCCCUCCAAACGACCAUAAUUUUUUCUCGGGUACGGGGCAUGUGGGAUUUGAGACCAAUUUUCAGAGAAUGGUGGGGUGGAACAGUGAUACCGGAGGGACUGGAAACAGAGAAGGAGGUGGAGGUGGAGGUGGAGGUGGGUUUGUAUUCAAUGCGCCGCCAUUGUCAGAGCAAUCACUGUUUGGGCAAAGCUCAACAGCGGCAUUUGCUCAGAGGGGAACCCUUCAGUCCAGUUUUUCACCAUCGAUUCGAGCUUGGGAUGAUCUUCCAGUAGCCGCUCAGAGAACGCAGCCGAUUCAACAAUCUUCAAUAUUUGGCACCAGAUUCGCCUCAAAUGGUUUACCCAUGUUCUGCAUUCCAGCGAGAAUUCAUGGUGAGGAUGAGGAACACGGCGUGGUUUCAGACAGACCAUCGUCUUCUUCCUCUCCCAAUUCGACUCACCGCUGAUUCCAAGUCUUUCUUCAUUAGAAUCUAAAUCAAGACAAGAAGAAGAGAUUCCAGUCGAUUCAAUGGUUUACAGAGCGCAUAAGCAUAUCUGGUUUGGAGUAUCAAAUAAUUUUUUUUGCCUUUAUAUAUAUAUUUUAAUUUGAUUCCCACGUUUAUUUUAUAUCUGAUACUGCAUUACUGUUUAUUUUAAGUGGUUUUUUUGGCCUAAACUUUUGUCUGCUCUAUAUCUUUCAAUUAUUACUUAAAUAUGAAACUUAUAACUUGGAUUCCGUUUGUUA